AUGAAUAAGUUAUUUAUUGGAUUAAUUGUAGGAGUUUCUAUCAUUUCUGCACUCUGUGUUGUUAUUAUUAUCGCAGUUACUCUUGGUGUUGUUCUUUCCAAAGACGACUCUUCUGGUGAAAUACCUCCGAGUCCCAAGUUGGUUGUCAACAACCCUUACAUGGUCAAUGAAUUAGACUCACUUGAAGUUAUUUCUCGCACCAAAUUCGCUGGUCUCAAGCCAAAGAUAAUGAAGAUGAAAUACACAAAAUAUCCAUAUUGGGGAACAAAAGAAACAUUCACAACUGAAGAGAAAACUGCCAUCAUUGAAGAAAACACCCAAAUAUGGGCAGAUUUAUUGACAAUGAUAAACAAUGGAUCCUACGGACGAAUGGAUCCUGAAUUGGGCGGAGAAAAACAAUUUGAAGCAACUGGUGUUAACUGGGAAGCGGACAGAGUAUCUAUUAAAUACGGAAUAAUGGGCAAGUUGACUGGAAUGCGUCUAGUUGGUUGGGUAUUUCCAGGUGAGUUGUUUACAGUGACAGUUCCUCAAGACCUCAACAUUGGUGAAGGAAAUCUUGCGCUUUGUAUAGGAAAGUGUAGCAGAUAUGUUGAUAGACAUUGGCUAGACGUUGCUAAGUUUUCCAACAACCGAAUGCCAUUAGACUCUUACCAAUUCCCACUUAAAGAAUCUGUGCUAGACAAUAAUCGGCAAUACAAAUUGGGAUCACCUUUUGGAGGCGGAGUUUAUGUGAUGACGGGUGGUAGUACUGAAGGUUGGAAUCCAUUCUUUUUGACUUUCGACAACUUGGGACUUACUCCCCGAAUCAAUUAUGGUGAAACAACAAACAAACAGUGGAAUGAAGAGUUGAGAAAUGCUCCAGGAAAUGUUGCUGAAAUCAGAACACCCGGAGUCAGACUCAUCAUGACUGCACGAAAUGUCAGAGAAGUUGAAGACGCAGAGUUUGUAGGAACAUGGUGGCAUGAAGCAAUUAGUGUUGGGAACACUGUUACUGGGACAUUUUUCCCCAUGCCAAUUUCUAUGAUGUUUGACGAAAGAGUUGAUGCUGGUGCUGCUGUCGCUUUUGUUGGUGCAUGGUUUUGUCAAAUGCCAAGCUCGUGGGCUGCUUCCACUGUCAAUAAACGGGAUAUGAUAAAUCAACUCAAUUGGGGAACUUUGCAUGAAAUGAAUCACCACAUGGAAGGAACAUACGCCGAAGAUGGUAAAUGGGGAAUGGGUGCUUCUGAGACGAACAACAAUGUAAUAAAUGCGAUCUUCCACAUUGAUUAUAACAACAUUUCUGCAAAAAGAGGUGCAGGAUUUUCUGGUUGGGAGUAUAUCACUGACGGGUUUGCAACAAUGAAACCUGUUUUUGAUAAUUCACAGGAUCAACUUUAUUUGAGAACAUACGUGACUCCAGCUUUUGGAUUUGGCACAAUUGUGGUGAAAAAAUUAAUAGACAAUUAUUAUAACAUGUAUUACAAUGAAAAUUAUGGCACAACGUUUGGAAAGACCAGAACAGAUUCUGGAAUUUUCUGUCUUUUGUUAGCAAGAGCAAUUGAACGAGACACACAAUAUUACUGCAAUAUUUUCAAGUGGGCAAUUGACGCAAAUAUACUUGCCGAGAUCAAGAAGUACAAAUACCCAACUUUCUUCCCAUUUUUCAUGAGUUACUCGCACACAUACAACGGCAAUAAAUAUGGUAGAACUUAUACAUUGCCAUAUAAUAUUACAACAAGACUCAACUUUACAGCCGCUACUGCAAUGGAUAAAACAACAAAGAACAUCAAGUUUGAAAUACUUCAAGGACUUACAAAGGGGAACAUCAAAAAGAUUGAAGAAAAUGUUUAUGAUUAUACCCCAACAUACAACCCAAGUGACGGUGAUACUUUUAAAAUAAAGUUUACCUUUAAUGCCAACGGAGAGAACGGAGAAAUUAUCUACGAAGGAGAGUUUGUCACUGAAAAUAAAGCGCGACGUGGAUAUGGCUAUAAGGUCGUAUCUGAAAAAAAUCUAAACAAUAUGUCGGAUGUCGAGGCAAUAAUGAAAGGACGCGACAUGUCAAAAUACGAUUAUAUAAGAUACUCCAAUGCAAUGCAAAUUAACAAUUACAAUGACAAAGUUAAUGAUGUCGAUACACCCACAUUCAAUAAAAUUGAGGGAACUUUAGUUGUUCCAGAUGAUGGCUAUUACACCCUUUUUAUUAAAACAGACGAAAUGGGCACUUUGGAUAUGCAAUUGGAAGAUGGCAAAUACACUCGUUUUGCAACAGUUAACACGUACAUUUCAAGCUACCAAAAGAAUUUAGAAGGCUCAUAUAAAACAGUGUUGUUAAAAGCAAAUUAUUAUUACAAUUUCAUCUUGCAGAAUUAUAAUGCGGGAGGACAAGGCGGAAUGAAUGUUGGAUUUUGCUACCAUGGUACUAAAGAAUCAGAAGUAAAUGUCUCAUCUUGUAGUAUAGUAGAUGUCCCACCAACGUACGUGUACACCAAAGGAUUGGGACCAAGAGACCUCCAAAAAGAGUAUGUCUUCCCACCAAUAAAAUACAGCCGUCAAAUUCGUUAUUUGAACUACAAAAUGACAACCUCCCCAAUAUGCAAUAAAGAUGAAUGUGAUGUCGAAUGUUUAGAACUACCACCACCUGCAGGUUCGGGUAAUGUUUGUAAUAGUAUAUUUGAUCGGAAUGAAGCAACUUAUUACCACUCAGCUUGGAUUGGAAGUGGUACAACCUUCCCAACAACAUUUUUCUUCCAUUUCAAUGAAACGGUUUACUUCAAUGUAAUGGAAAUUCGUAUGAGACGUUGGCAAGACACAUUUGGCAACUUCACUAUUUACUGUGGUUUGGUUGAAGAACAACUCGAGAAUAUAAUAACAGUCGAAAAGAGCAACGUUAACCCACGUACAUUGUCAUUCUCAAAAAUCCAGAAGUGCAAUUACUUAAAGUUUGAAGUGCUUAACAAUGCAAAUGAUGCCAAUUAUAUCACUCUAAGCGAUGUGUUAUUUUACAUUGAACAAAAGUACACCAAUUUAUUUAAACCAACAGACUCUGGCGUAACAAUGACUGGAUUUGUCGCUCGUAAGGCUCCUGGUCAUUAUGAAAACGUAUUAUUAGAUAACACAGAAGAUGGAAAAGGUCAAAUAACAUUUAAUAUGGUCGGAAAGCGUAUUGGUAUCUUUGGAGACUACGACACUUCUUUUGGUAAACUUGAAGUUCUUGUUGAUGGUAAAGAAGUAGAAUAUGACUUUCAAAUUAACACCAAAUCAUUAACACUUCGAACACUUUACCAUGCUUGCGCUUUCGAAGAAGGUACACACAAUAUCACAAUCAAUGUAAAAAAAGGAAAGGUUAAUAUUGAUGUGAUUGGAUUUGACUAA